CGGAAGAUCUUUAUCUCUGUUUACACCAGAAUACUAUUACUGCAUGUGAAAUGUUAUAAUAAAUCCCCAAAUAUCACAUUUUAUAAAAGCUUGCUGAAACACAUUGCAGAGGUGAUUGAACCUUGGAGUCAAAGCGUAGGGUAAAAUUCACAAUGCAGCCUAGUAAACGGGCUGUGGUAAACAUGGCGACCGCCGUAGGCAGACUUCUGUCCUUCAGUGGAAAUGUUCGGGCGCUGGUUUCUCCUCUAAGGCUGGCUGCUGUUCCUGCUCACCGGUACAGCAUAGAGGUUUCCACCACCGGGGAACCCAUCGGUCACACUGGCCAGGUGUUUGAUGAAAAGGACCCCAGGAGAGCCAGAUUUGUUGGCAGGCAGAAAGAGGUGAAUAAAAACUUUGCCAUCGAGCUGGUGGCAGAGGAGUCUGUGUCUGAAAUCGGCGCCCGAGUGGUGUCCUGUGAUGGAGGUGGAGGAGCUUUGGGACACCCUAAAGUCUACAUUAACUUGGACAAAGUGACUAAAGUGGGCACGUGCGGCUACUGCGGGUUACAGUUCAAGCAGAAGCUUCAUCACUGAAACAUCCCCUCUGUCUGUGCUGCUCUCUGUAAAUCACCAUAUUGGUUAAUAAAUUAUGUUUUGUCUGUCUGAGA